CGGUGUGUUUGAGAGACUUUGUGCUGUUCCAGGAUCAGAAGUUAAACCUCUCCCUCUUCAUCAUGGCUGUGAGAGCGGCCUUCGAGAAGAACAACGAGAUCGGCUGCUUCGCCAAACUCACCAACACGUACUGCCUGGUGGCCGUGGGGGGCUCCGAGAACUUCUACAGGUACUACAUCGGGAGGAUGUGUGUGGGUAACCGCCACGGCCUCCUGGUGCCCAACAACACGACGGACCAGGAGCUGCAGCACAUCAGGAACUGCCUCCCCGACGCCGUGAGGAUCCAGAGGGUCGAGGAGAGGCUGUCGGCGCUCGGCAACGUGGUCGCCUGCAACGACUACGUAGCGCUGGUCCACCCCGACCUCGACCGGGAGACGGAGGAGGUCCUGGCGGACACCCUGAAGGUGGAGGUUUUCCGUCAGACGAUAGCGGAGCAGGUCCUGGUCGGGUCCUACUGUGCGUUCAGCAACCAGGGGGGCCUGGUCCACCCGAAGACGUCGAUCGAGGACCAGGACGAGCUGUCGUCCCUGCUCCAGGUUCCCCUCGUGGUGAGUUGGACCGAUGCUGAGACUCAGACCCUCCAGGUUCCAGUCUUUCUUCAUCUAGGGCAGUGUUUCUCAACUUUGGGGGGGCUUUAUCUUUAA